AUUUCUUCCUCCUGGUAUUAUAAAGGCGGAAAAACACAGAAGUGGGGUAGUAGGUGAGAUUCAUUCGGAUCCCCUCCCUCCCUUAAACCGCACUUCAACUUCUCCAACUACUUUCCGAUCACUCAUUUCCAAACAAUUUUCCACUUUUAUCAGAUUCAAACCCAUACCCAUACUCAUGGCUGCUACCACAUUACGCUUAUACUUAACCUGCAUUCGCAACACACUCCAUGCCGCAAUGUGCCUUCAGAAUUUUCCUUGUCAAGAAGUUGAAAGACAUAACAAACCAGAGGUUGAACUCAAGACUAGCCCUGAGCUCCUUCUCAAUCCCGUUUUGAUAUGCCGAAAUGAGGCUGAAAAAUGCUUAAUAGAAACGUCUAUCAAUUCACUAAGGAUAAGUCUUAAGGUGAAGCAGUCUGAUGAACUUGAAAACAUAUUGACGAAGAAGUUUCUUAGAUUUUUGUCAAUGAGAGCGGAGGCUUUCCAAGUACUGAGGAGAAAGCCUGUGCAGGGAUAUGAUAUUAGCUUCCUUAUUACAAAUUACCAUUGUGAGGAGAUGCACAAGCAAAAACUCAUAGAUUUUAUAGUGCAAUUUAUGGAGGAUAUCGAUAAAGAGAUAAGCGAGCUCAAAUUAUCAGUGAACACGCGGGGGAGGCUCGUGGCUACAGAGUUUCUGAAACAGUUUAUCUGAUGCUUUGGACUAGAUAGAAUUAGAAGUACCAAGUCCGUGUAUAUUGUACUAUUUCAAAUCUAGUCCCACCAUCUUUCUGAUUUUCAAUGCUCGUGUCUGUAUGACAUUUAGAGUAGUAGUGCAGAAUAGUUUCUGUAGAGGGAAUUAUAAAUAGAAUCAAAUUGGAAUAUAUGUCUUUAUUACAAAUAGAUAUCACACCUAAUGUCUUUUGCACUUGUACUAGUCUCGGAUUUGAAUUCCAUGUGUAAUAAAUCUAGUCUUACGGUCAGAAA